AUGUCGCCCGUCGCAGCUUCUGCAGCCACCCCCGUACAACAGUCAAAGUACGCGGGACUCAAUUUCAGUUUUCCAGACACCAGAAGCCCCCAGCGCUUCAAUUUGAAUGUCAAUCAGGAUUUCGUUGAUUACGCCAUACGAAAAGUGCACGAUUACCGCCCGUCACCGGUUUUCUCCUCGAGCUGGACUGCUGAAGGACCCCCUGCAGGGGCUUUAACAAGCCUUGCAGACUAUUGGGCCAAGACCUAUGACUGGAGGAAAGUCGAAAAGCAAAUGAAUGAGCAGUUUGCUCAUUACGCGACCACCGUUCCUGGAAAUGGCGACUAUACCGCGCCUAUUCCUCUUCAUUUUGUCCACGAGCGAUCCAACGACAAUGCCGCUACUCCGCUUCUCCUUAUCCAUGGUUGGGCAUCUACUCAUUUGGAAUGGUCUCGUGUCAUCGAGCCUUUGACGCACGGAAGCAACAACAAAUCGUUUCAUAUCGUCGCUGUGGACUUACCGGGCUUCGGAUUCAGUCCAGCAGCAACAAUGCCAGGCCUCCGCGCAAGAGAGAUCGGCAGAGCUUUCGAUGCGUUAAUGAAACAACUCGGCUACGAGAAGUACGGUAUCGUGACGACCGACCUUGGCUGGUUGAUUGGAAUGUGGAUGGUGGAAGAUGUCCACGACAGCAUCGUCGGUCACUUUACUGAUUUCUUCUUGGUCCCCGCGAGCGAGUCUGAUCUUGCCCGGCAAGCUAGGGGCGAAACCACAGAGGAGGAGAACAACUUCAUGGCAACAGCAGCUGAAUGGUUCACGAAACAUGCUUCCUAUGCCACAGUGAUGAACCAAAAGCCCUCUGCCAUUUCUUUCGCGUUCACAGAUAGCCCUGUUGGCUUUGCGGGUUGGUUGUGGGAUCUCAAAUACGGAAGCUCCGACGGGUACCUUUACGAGCACGAAGAGCUCAUUACAGACACGAUGCUACAGUGGAUACAGCCGCCAUACCAUGCUAUACGAGCCUAUUCGGACAUGAAUCAGCCUGACCAAGUCAUGCUGCCUAGGUCGAAUAUCCCAACCGGCGUGACGCAGUGGGGAGGUGUGAAUGGGCCAUUUACUUCCCUUGCUAAGUGGCCCUUAACACCACGAACCUGGAUUGAACGAAUGGCCCCGGUUACUUAUUUCAAGCGACACGAUUUUGGUGGUCAUUGGCCAGCGGUCACCCAUCCUAACCUGUGGGUCAAUGAUGUGGUAGAGUUCUUCUCUAGCUUGUAG